GUCCAGCAGCUCUCACUUGAUCAUCUUAUCGCCGCUCAGCCACUCAAAAUACCAUCCUUGCGUUUCCCUCCACAACUUGAAGAAAGAGGAGGGCGCGAGACGCCACCACUGGUUCUCUCACUAGCUCCAAACUACUCAGGAGCUGAACGGAGCUAGCCAUGGGGUGCGCGGGCUCCAAGGACGUCACGGUGGCCGACGUCUACCGCCCGCCGCCGACGAGCGUCUCGCUGUUCGACGUCAGCGCCAUCGAGGAGCCCUGGCUCAUCGCCACCGGCAAGAAAGACGGUGGCGACGGCGAAGCCAGCGAUGUCGACGAUGAUGAUGAUGGUGAUGAAGAGGAGGAGGAGGAGGAGGAAGGCAAGAAGCCCUCCACCGCGGUUCCGCUUCCUCUGCUCGAGAAGCUCGACGGGUUCGACCUCGCGCCGGCGUCGUGGUCGGAGGUGAGCAAGGCCCUGGAGGAUAUCAAGCCUACGCUCAACUCCAAGACGACGGAGAACACCAAGCUUCCUGCCAAGAAGAAGACCAAGAAGAAGAAGAAGAAGCAGCCAGCUCAGGCGGCGCCGCCGCCGCCGACGCAGACGCAGCCUGAGACGGCGAAGACAUCGUCGGUGCCUGGCACGGACGAGGCUGCCAAGAAGGCGGCGCUACCUCCGGAGCCGUCGUCCGUGCGUGGCGCUAAUCAUGAGGUUGACAAGAGGCCGCCGCCGCCGGAGCUCACGGGGCGUCGCGUCGUGAAGGACAACCCUUUCCUGAUGCGCGACCGCGAGAACAAGGGGAACGACGGCGCCGCCGCCGCGGCGGCGAAGUGGCGGCGGAGGGACCCGUUCGAGGGGUACCCCGAGCGGCGCCCCCCUGGCGCCUCCGGCGGCGGGGUGGUGCUGUACACCACGACGCUCCGCGGCGUGCGGCGCACGUUCGAGGACUGCGAGCGCGCGCGCCAGGCGGUGGAGACGUGCGCCGAGGCCGUGUCCGCGGCCGGCGGCUCCCCCGUCGUCGCGGACGAGCGCGACGUGUCCCUGCACGGCGAGUACCUGCGCGAGCUCCGCGAGCUCGCCGGCGAGGGCGCCGCGCCGCCGCGCCUCUUCGUCAUGGGCCGCUACCUCGGCGGCGCGGACGCGUGCGCCGAGCUCGCCGAGAGCGGCAAGCUGCGCGAGAUGAUGCGCUGGGCCAGGGCGCGCGGCGAGGCCUGCGCCGCCAAGGACGGCCGCGGUUGCGAGGGCUGCGGCGGCGCGCGGUUCGUCCCGUGCUGGGAGUGUGGCGGCAGCUGCAAGGUUGUCGCCGGCGACGGCGGCGGCGACGUCGAGCGGUGCUCCAAGUGCAACGAGAACGGCCUCAUGCUGUGCCCCAUCUGCCACUGAUGAGCUCCUUCCUAGCGUUCAAAAAGUGAAAAAACUCGCCAUGUAUUCAUCCAUAAUACAGUAUAUACUCGUAUAAUUGUGAGCUUAAACUACGCUUUAUUAGUGGUUUGAAUGAGAAUUAAAAACGGUAUAGUGCUUGUAAUAGUAUUGUAUAGCAGUGUAUUUCUGUGACCAUUUUGAUGAUUUGUUGGAACAAAUGUUAAUAAUUUCGUCUUCAUUGUUCAAAAUAAAUCUACAAAAACUAACUGGCAUAGAAAAACCAGACAAGUAUCCAACCCAGCUCUGUACAUCUGGUAGUGUGA